UGAAUGGCUCUCAAACACUUGCGUGGGCUGUUAAUGCUUCAGACAAGCUCAAGAAGAGCGACCAGGACAUUGGCAUUAUGAAGAUGCAGCUUCCACUGGCUUUCAGAGCGAUGCUGCUGCUGUACCUGUUUGCCCUUUUGCUGGGAGUGGAUGGUUCUUCUGGGAAAAGAUGUAAAAAACACAGAAGAUGCAAAGGUUCAGACACUGGACGUAAAUCCAGAGGCUCAAAGAAAGGACUGUGGGUUUCUCUGGAUUCAACUCUGAACAUCUCCACUCUUAUCCCUCCGUCUCCAAGCAGGUCUUUGUCACCCUGGACAUAUGUGACUUCCUAUGAUGAUUCACGAAUCCCUAUGCAAAUAUCUGAAGCGAAAUGUGAAAGAAGAGGCUGUUUAAUGAAAAAUGGUGAGGAAGAUUUAGGACUGGAGUCUCAACCCAUCCAGUAUCAGAUCCAUGUGCUGAGAAAAGUGAAGGACAAAAACAAGCGCUACACCCUUAAACUGGAAAGUAAAGUUAUUACUGUGGGCUGUACGUGUGUUUUACCCGUUGUUUUUCCACAGAAAUAGUUUUGUGCUGUACUUUUUAUUACGUACUGUUACAUUAUUGUAUUCAUCUGCAUACAGCAGUCUUCUAUUGCAUUCUCUUCCUCAGCUUUGUAUUUAUUAUAAUAUUUACUUGAUUCCCUAUUUCCUCUGUUAGUCGGUUAUUAUUUUGACUUGAGCACACAGACACAACAGAAAUAAAAUAUUAUUUAGUUAAGAGAAGCAUUUAUUUGACUCUGUUAAACCAGACACUUUAGUCAUGUGGGCAUUAUAAACACAGAGAGAAAGUAAAGGUUCGAUUUUCUCACAUGAUCUGGUCGAUUGAAAUCAAUACUUAUCUUGCACAUACAACGGUACAUUUUGCCAACAUUACCAACACAAACCUCAUCACUUUUAUUUAACAAGUAAUAUAAACGAAGACAAUCAAGAAAAUGUGGUGACAUGCAAAGCGCACCAUUCGCAUCUAAAGCUGAGGAACAUUCAAAGUACUACAUCUCUUUUUGUCAUUCUCUCAAACCUGAGAAAUUCAUUCUUCAUUUCUAAGAUGCCAAUACAAACAUAAUACAUGAAAAAUCUUAAUGUGCUUUUGAGUUGUGCUUAAAGUGUCACUGUGCUCCAGUCCAGAUUUCGGUUUAAUAUGCAUCUAGAAUGUGUCAGUAUUUAUAUCACAGCUGUAUAUGUAAUAUUGUAAUUGCAAAGUAUCAAUCCAUUGCUUGACAUAUAUUGUAUAGUCAUGCCUGUAUGUUUUAUUGAGCUAUGAAAUCCUGUUGAUUAUUAAAUAAUAUCAGUAAAUAUGUACAAUCAAAUCAUCAGUACAUGGAAUAUGUUUUACGGAUGACGUCAGAUGUAGUUUGUGGUUGUCUUAACAUUCAUCUGUACCGAUUAUGGAGUUUAUAAAAAAGCAUCUCUAAAUUGUUUAGUCAUUUUCACCUCUCCGUGUCAUUUCAAAAGAUCUGUUUAGUAGACACAAUUCAUUCAUCUGCUAUAAAUCUUUGUCUUUCAUCAAGCGAAACACACCCUUAGUGCACCUU